GGGUAGAGACUAAGCGCCCAAAUUUGUUGUUCUUGGCGUGUUUCUUCCUGUUCUUUCCCUUCCGCCAUAUCUCAAUUGUUUCUCUCCGUCUGGUCAUUGGAAUCUCAACGGAAAGUCAAGUUUCUGUGUCGCGGUAGACUUCAUAUAAUAGUGUGACCUGGUGUACAGAAGCUACUUUUAAAGCUUAACCUUACCAAAAUGUCAAUGCUUAGACGGACAGCCCUUACAGUCAUCAAUGCAUUUAUAGCAGCCGUCGGUCGUCUCGACAAAUCUCUCUCUCCGAGUGAUACCUUAGCCAAACUCCGAAAGCACAAAUGGAAAGCAUCAGAUAGCGUCUACAUUUUCCAUUUCCUCUCGGCCUCAUUCUGGCUCACGAUAAUGACCGUCCCGCCAUUUCCCUAUAAACUUCUCAUCCCAAUUCUGUACACUAUUGCCAUGUUGAUUCCUUUAACCUCGCAAUUCUUCCUUCCAGCAACACCUGUCUUUUCUUGGCUUAUAAUGUUUUACUCAAAUGGAUUCAUUCCGCUGCAGUAUCGUCCCAAUCCCAGUGUGUCAUUACUCCCUACUCUCGAAACCGUUCUGUACGGUGCAAACAUUUCCGAUCUUCUCACUCGCUUUACGCAUCCUAUUCUCGACAUCAUCGCUUGGAUUCCUUAUGGCGUCGGCCAUUAUGCCCUUCCUUUCGUUGUCGCUGCAUUCUUGUGGCUCUUCCGUCCGAAAGAAGCGUUACGUUUUUGGAGUACUGCCUUUGGAUACAUGUUUCUAAUAGGCGUGAUAGUCCAAAUUCUUUUCCCUUGCGCAGCACCGUGGUACGAACUCAUCUACGGACUUACCCCGGCCAACUACGGUGUAAAGGGCUCGCCCGGGGGACUAAUUCGAAUUGAUUCGCUAUUCCAUGCACACGGUUAUACUUCAGCCUUCGGAAAUUCACCGCUCGUGUUUGGGGCUUUUCCAUCGUUACAUUCCGGCGCUGCUACUCUCGAAGCUCUUGCGGUCGCGCACUUCUUUCCUCAGACAAAAGUGUGGGUUUGGGCUUAUGCCGGUGUGCUGUACUGGGCGACGAUGUACAUGACACAUCAUUAUCUGAUAGAUGUUGUAGGAGGAGCAUGUCUUGCUACGAUGUGCUUCUACUUUUUCAUUCCGGACGAACUGAAGAGCACCGUCGCGGCAACCUCGCCUCCAGGCACGAACCUGGGUCUCCUUGCUUCAACGGGUACAGUUAAAGCGAAUGGAAAUCUUCCAGCGUAUAGAAUGGGCUCACAGCGAUCAAAAUAUGAUAUUUAUGAUCUAGAAGCUCCGCGUAAUGGGAAUGGUCGAGCAGGAGCUGCUGUUGGAGGACGGGGAAUAAUGGCAGAGGCGGCCGCUGAAUUUGACCUCGCUGAAUCUGAAGAUGACUUUGCGAGCGAAACGGGGGACGGUGAGCGACAUCCAGGCGACGAAGAAGAUAUCACUUAUCGGCCAACUAUGCAGAAGGCCGCCGGCAACAAGCCUAAUGGGAAGAACAAGUCCGAAAUUGUGGCGGGAGGUGCGAAUGGACAUAGACAUACCGCCUCAAUUGCUCGACUCAUACGUGGGCCUGAUGCCAGAGGGUCCAUUGAUGGAGGCGACGAAGGAUGGAGAAGUCCGAUGUCCGCUGGCUUCGUGUUUCCUCCGCGGAAUGGGAGGGGAAAAGAAGCAGAUGGUAAAAGGAGUCCAAUUCGAGAGACGUUUGUUUAAUCUCUUUGAAGACGGGCGACUGUUUCUUUUCCUUCUUACUUUGUUGAUCUUCGGUACCUAACUUGUGUCAUUCAUUCAGAGUGUUAUAUUGUAU